UUGAACUACUGGCUUACAACAACAGCAGUACCAACAUCCAAUCGAUUCAAAGGGCUCGAAGUUAUAGAGCAAGCAGACAAGCCUGAAAUACAAACACCGAAGCCCACAAGAGCCGCUCCACUAUUCAUUGACGGAGUCAAGAAUAUACAACCUUUGAUGAAACUAUUAGAAGACGUAUCAAAAGGAGAAUAUAAAAUCAAGAUAUUACGAGGUGACAGAGUUAAAAUACAACCAAUAUCAGCCGAAUCAUACUUCACCAUUUAUAAAGAACUAAAGGCUAAUGAUACCGAAUUUUAUAGUUACCAACUAAAACAAGACCGCAGUUUUGUGCUAAAACAUCUACACCCAUCUACAGACAAAGAGGAUAUAAAAAUAGCUAUUGAGGAGCUUCACCACAAAGUAGUAAAUGUCUGGAACAUCCAAAACUCAAGAACAAAACAGGCGCUACCAAUGUGGAACAUCGAACUGGAGCCCCGCGAAAAUAAUAAAGACAUAUAUAACGUCAAAUAUCUACUACACUGUCGCAUAUCAUUUGAAGCACCUAGACCAAGGCGAGUAAUCCCCCAAUGCACUAAUUGCCAAGAUUACAACCACACACAAAAGUUCUGCAAUAGAAAGCCCAGAUGCGUCAAAUGUGCAGGUUCGCACCACACUUCAGCUUGCUUACGGAAAGACAGAUCAAAAGAGGUUAAAUGUGUCCUCUGCGAGUGA